UCGGCUGUAUUGCGGAGAAAGUGCCGUAAAGUGUUGUUGUUUGUCGCUGCCGUCGUUAGCUGUUAGCAGCUGCUCUCAGGGUUCUUGUCGGAACCGUUUCUCCUGGUCUUUGACGGUUCUGUCGCCUACACGAAUGUUCCGGCUGUCUUUGCGAGCGGCGGUGGUCCUGUGGUUCCUGCCCGGGUCUCUGGGAGCCGUCGGACGGCUGUACUCGGACCAGGACCCGCUAGUGAUCCUGGACGGCGGCAGUCUAAAGUCAUCGGUCCGGAACUCCACCUCAGCCUGGCUGGUCCAGUUCUUCUCGUCCUGGUGUGGACACUGUGUCCAGUAUUCCGGCACUUGGAAGGCUCUUGCCCGCGACGUCAAAGACUGGCAGCGAGUCAUCACCGUGGCUGUGUUGGACUGUGCUCAGGAGGAAAAUUUUGAUGCGUGUAAAGAAUAUGGCAUCAAGUUCUACCCAACUUUCAAAUAUUUUCGGGCUCAUGGUGACUCAACAGACCACGGGACGAUCUACAGAGGUGGUGACAGAGAGAUCCAGGCAGUGCGACGACUGAUGGUGAACAUCCUGCAGAACCACACCAGGGUGGACUGGCCCGACCACUGCCCUCGUCUGGAACCAUACAGCUCUGUGGAGCUCCUCCCUCUGCUAGGCCAAAGGUCAGGCCACUACACCGCCAUCAUCGUAGAGGAACCAGACUCUUAUGUAGGACGAGAGGUCAUCCUGGACCUGCUGCAGUUCUCAGGGUUGGAGGUGAGGAGAGCUCUGAGCACUGAUCUCCCCCUGCUGGACGCUGUGAGAAUCACAGCCUUACCCUCCUGUUACUUGCUGCACCCCAACGGCACACACACGCACAUGCACGUUCAGAAGCGGCUGCGGUUCUUCUUCUCAUCCUUGCUCAGGAUGUUACCUGGUGUUCGGCGCCGGUUGAAACCAGCCAGCAGUUCUAGUGCCAGCCUGGUGGGGGCGCUGCCAGAAAAGCAGCACACGGAGCCGUGGAGACACUUUGAACGGUCAAAGGUGUACGUGGCUGAUCUGGAGUCAGCGCUGCACUACCUGCUCCGAGUCGAACUUGCUACCCAUCACACCCUGGAGGGGGAGGAGCUCAAGACCUUCAAAGACUUUGUCACUGUGGUUGCCAAGCUGUACCCAGGUGGCGGUUCAGUGGUGAAGCUGAUGGAGACACUCUCUGAUUGGCUGCUCAGUCUGCCGCUGCAGCGAAUUCCAUACCAGGCUGUUCUGGACCUGGUGGACAACAAGAUGCGGAUCUCUGGUGUAUUCCUGGGGGCGGAGGUUCGUUGGGUUGGUUGUCAGGGCAGCAGGGCGGGGCUUCGAGGUUACCCAUGUUCACUUUGGACUCUGUUCCAUGUCCUGACUGUCCAGUAUGAUGCCACACCCACUGCCCUGGACAACACAGGUCUGGAGAGUAAGGCAGCCCCGGUGCUGCAAGUGAUGCGACGCUACAUCCGAACAUUCUUUGGCUGUGAGCGUUGUGGCCAACACUUUGAGCAGGCAGCCACCGCCAGCAUGCACCAGGUCCAGACCCGUGAGGACCAGAUCCUGUGGCUGUGGAGGCAACACAACCGGGUCAACGACAGACUCUCUGGAUCCCUGAGCGACGACCCUGUCUACCCCAAGGUGCCGUGGCCAAGCCCCGCCCUCUGUCCCUCCUGCCAUGAGGAGAACAACGGUGUCCACAUCUGGAAUGAAAAUAACGUCCUUGCCUUUCUGCGAAAACACUAUGGGGCCUCGAACCUCUCGCCAAAUUACGUUCUGAUCCCUCCGCGUCUCCAGGUCCCUCCACAGCCCAGCCCAGCUCAGGAGGAAGCGGGGCGGCACCAAGGAGUUGGAGUUAAAGCACAAGAGAAUAGGAGGGACGGGGGAGGGGGGAGGGAGGAACAACCAGAGUCUCACUCUGACCAAAACACCAUGAAAGGGGCGGAGCAUGACAGAGGAGGUGGAGCAGGUAAAGUGGGAGGAGUGAAAGGAGGAGGUGGGUGGAGCACGUUCACCAGCAUGGACAUGAGUCUGUGCGGGUUGCUCUACCUCAGCUCCGGACUCUUCAUCAUGAUCCUCUUCUUCUUCUUCUUCAGAGUCAGAUCCAGGAGGUGGAAGCUUCGGCAGACACGCCUCUACGUCUGAUCGAGAUCUGUUCAGCUCAGACUUUAGUCCGAGCUGAACUAAGACUAGUCUGAGUGAAGUAGAAAACGACAUAAAUGUGGACAAGAUUAGAUUGGACCUGGGUCAGACCGGUUUGGACUGGAUUAGGGCUGAUGGGGUUAGACCAGCGGUGGGCAAUCACAUGCCAUGAAGGACCAAGGCACUGCCGGGUUUUCCUUCCUACUCAUCAGCUCAGCAGGUGAUUUCAUUGAUGAUCAGGUGUUUAUCUUCAAGGGAGAAGAUCAUCAGAAGAUCAAACCCUCCUGCUCAGGUGAUUGGUGGGGAGGAAAACCUGACCUCGUUGCUCACCCCUGGGUUAGACGCUGUGACCUGUGAAAUUGAAAUAUUUAAGUUUUUGAACUUUGAUACAUUUCCUGUUAUUCUGCCGUUUACUGAAAAAUGUUUACAACUGUGGGGGCGGAGCUACUGUGGACUGGAGUUUGCAAUAGUGGCCAGCUUCAGGAACUGCAGCAACCAGGUCUUUGUUAGAUAACGAAGUGGUGAAAGAAAACGGUUUGGACUCACUGAUCAGUUGAUUGAUCAAGUAAUUGUGAACUUUGAGUUGGGGCUGUGAUCUGGUUUCAGCGGGAGGUUGGAUCUUUUGGACUUGAACGUGUUUUUUGGGCACCAUGUUGGAAGGAGGUCUGUUCUGUUUGGUUCUGCUUCUGAGCUGUUUCAUAUGAAUUUGAAAUAAACUGUGUUUGUGCAUCUUU